AUGAAUGUUUUAUACAUUUUCAUUGCUGUACUUAUUUUAAAUGGUAUAUUAAAUAUACAUGUAAGUAAAAAAAAAACAAGUUUUUUAAAUAACACCUAUCCUAUUAAUAAAUAUAAAACUAUUAAUAUAAAAAGACAUUAUAGAAAGGUCCAAAAUCGAAAUAAUAAGUUAUAUGUAUCUUUAUUUGAUGAAUAUGAUGAGAAAUGUAUAAAAGCACUAAUUAUGGCUAGAGAAGUAGCCAAAAAUGACAAUGAAAAUGAAAUAUUAUUAAAACAUCUUCUUAUUGCUAUUAUUAGGAUUGAUUCUAAUUUAGUUCAAAAUAUUUUAAAGAAUUUUAAUAUCUCAUUAACCAAUUUUUUAGAUAAAUUCCACGUAGCCAUAAAUAAAAUAUCAAAAAGUUAUACUAAUAGUAACAAUGGGCAUAAUAAUAUUUAUGAGCAGUCAGGAAGUGCACAAAAUAAUUUAAAUGAACAAGAAAAAAAAAAUAUAUCUUUAACAAAUGAGGAAAUAGAUAUGAAAAAUAUUUUAAAUGAAGAAGAUGAAAAUCAAGUAGAGAAUCGAAAACAAAACGAAAAUGGAAAUGUAAAUGGAAAUGGAAAUGUAAAUGAAAAUGUGAAUGAAAAUAUAAAUGAAAAUGAAAAAUUAUUAAAUGAUUUUAUAAAUAAACAUUUAAAAGAUAUGGAAGAAAAAAUUAAUAUAUUAAAAAAUUUAAAUAAUGAAGAAGAUAAUGCAUCUUUGGAUGAUAUAAAUAAUAAAGAUUAUAUAAUUAAUGAUAUAUCUAGUAGUAAUAAUAUUACUAAAGAAAAUAAUAAUAAUAAUAAUAAUAAUAAUAAUAAUAAUGAUAAAGGAAACUUUAAUAAUUUAGACACAAAUAAUGAUAGUGGUAAUCUUUCAAAUAAUGUUCCAAAGAAUGAAUCACAUAAUGUACUACACAAUCAUACAUAUAAAAUAAAUAAUAAUAAUAAGAUGAUGAAUCAAGAAAUAUUAGGUAACCCUAACUUUGAUAUAAAAUUUUCAGAAAAUUGUAAAUUGGUCCUUCACAAUGCUGUUUUAGAAGCAAAGAGAAAAAGGAAAAUAUUUGUAAAUAUUAUUGAUAUAUUACUAUCUAUUAUAAAUAUUGCUCAAGAAAAGAAACAUUAUGAUUUUUUAAAAUAUAUUGAAGAAUUAAACAUUAAUAUUAAUGAUCUUAAAAGCCUUUUAUUAAGUUAUGAUGAAAAGAAUUAUGAUGGUAAUAAUAUAUAUGAUACAAAUGCAAAUAACACAAAUUAUAAUACACAUAAUAGAAAUAUACCAUUAAAUAAUAAUAAUAAUAAUAAUAAUGUGUCAAAUAAAGGAUACAAUAAUCAAAGAUUAAAUAAUAUGAAUAAUAAUGAACAAGCAAAUCAUAUUAUUAAUAGUUUAAAUAAUGAAUAUCUUAAUAAUGGUAGAGAUUAUAAAUACAAUGAAGAUCAUCCUUUUUCCUCAAAUAAUAAAUUCUUAAAUCCAUCCACUUCUUCUGCUUCUUCCAUCUCUUUUAUGAAAGAUUGUUUAAUUGAUAUGGUACAUGAAGCACAAGAAAAAGGAGAUGAUCAUUUUUUUGGUAGGAAAAAAGAAAUAAAAAGAAUAAUAGAAAUUUUAGGAAGAAAAAAAAAAUCCAAUCCUUUAUUAAUUGGAGAAAGUGGUGUUGGGAAAACAGCUAUUAUAGAGUAUUUAUCAUAUUUAAUAUUAAAGGAUAAUGUACCAUAUCAUUUAAAAAAUUGUAGGAUAUUCCAAUUGAAUCUUGGAAAUAUAGUUGCUGGAACAAAAUAUAGAGGAGAAUUUGAAGAAAAAAUGAAACAUCUCUUAUCUAAUAUGAAUAAAAAAAAAAAGAAUAUUCUUUUUAUUGAUGAAAUCCAUGUUAUUGUAGGUGCAGGAAGUGGUGAAGGCUCAUUAGAUGCAUCUAAUUUAUUAAAACCAUUUCUUUCUUCAGAUAAUUUACAAUGUAUAGGUACCACUACUUUUCAAGAAUAUUCUAAAUUUAUAGAAAAUGAUAAAGCAUUGAGAAGACGUUUUAAUUGUGUAACUAUAAACCCAUUUACAUCAAAAGAAACAUAUAAAUUAUUAAAAAAAAUUAAAUAUAAUUAUGAAAAAUAUCAUAAUAUUUAUUAUACAGAUGAUUCAUUAAAAUCUAUAGUCUCAUUAACUGAAGAUUAUUUACCUACUGCAAAUUUUCCAGAUAAAGCUAUUGACAUUUUAGAUGAAGCAGGAGUAUAUCAAAAAAUUAAAUAUGAAAAAUUUAUGAAACAAAAAUUAAGAGCAGAACGUUUACGUAAAAUAAGGAUACAUAUGAAUACACAGGAAAAUAAUAAUAAUAAUAAUAAUAAUAAUAAUAAUAUUAGUAAUAAUAAUAAUGAUUAUAUUAUAUCUGAUGAGGAUCAACACAUACAUAAUAAUAAUUAUGGUUAUAAUAACUAUGAUGUAAUAAACCAACAAAAGGAAUUUUCAAAUGAUGAAGAUAUUAAUAAAUUAAAUGAUGAUGAUACAAAUCUAAGAAAAACAUACAAACAAGAAAUAGAUAAUAAAAUAAAAAAUGAUGAAAAUGGAAAUAAUAAUAUUAAAACAGACACAAACGGAAAUAUAUUAAUUAAUAAUGUAGAAUCUUUACAAAAUGAUACUUAUGAUGAAACAAGAAACUUAAUAGAAAAUGUACAUAUGAAAUAUGUCACCUCAGAUGUUAUUGAAAAUAUCGUGAGUAAAAAAUCAUCUAUAACAUAUAUUAAAAAAAAUAAAAAAGAAGAAGAGAAAAUAUUAAAAUUAAAAGAAAAAUUAAAUAAAAUUAUUAUUGGUCAAGAAAAAGUAAUUGAUAUAUUAUCUAAAUAUUUAUUUAAAGCUAUAACAAAUAUAAAAGAUCCAAAUAAACCUAUUGGUACUCUUCUAUUAUGUGGUUCAUCAGGUGUAGGAAAAACCUUAUGUGCUCAAGUUAUAUCCAAAUAUCUAUUUAAUGAAGAUAAUUUAAUAGUUAUUAAUAUGAGCGAAUAUAUAGAUAAACAUUCAGUUAGUAAAUUGUUUGGUAGUUAUCCUGGUUAUGUAGGAUAUAAAGAAGGGGGAGAAUUAACUGAAAGCGUAAAGAAAAAACCUUUUUCCAUUAUACUUUUUGAUGAAAUAGAAAAAGCACAUAGUGAAGUAUUACACGUCUUAUUACAAAUAUUAGAUAAUGGUCUUUUAACAGAUUCGAAAGGAAAUAAAGUUUCAUUCAAAAAUACAUUCAUUUUUAUGACUACUAAUGUUGGAUCUGAUAUAAUUACUGAUUAUUUUAAAUUAUAUAAUAACAAUUAUUCCAACUUGGGUUUUAAAUAUUAUAUAAAAAAGAAGAAAAAUGAAAAUGAUAUAAAUCAAUCCAAACAAGAAGAACAAUAUUUGGUGCAUACUUCUAAUGGAAAUAUAGAAAAUGAACAAAACAAAAAAUAUAUGGAUCCUACAAAGCAAAGUAACGAAAAUAAUUAUGAAAGUACAAUCAAUCAUACACACACGGCAGACACAAAAUAUAAUAAUAUAACAACAGAUAAUAAUAACAACAAUAAUAAUAAUAAUAAUAAUAAUAAUGAUCAUUUUGAAAUUUUUGAAGAAAAAUUAAGGACAAAUAAAUGGUACGAUGAAUUAAAACCUGAUAUUGAAGAAGAAUUAAAAAAGAAAUUCCUUCCUGAGUUCUUAAAUAGGAUUGAUGAAAAAAUAAUUUUCCGUCAAUUUUUAAAAAGAGAUAUUAUUAACAUUUUACAAAACAUGAUCGAUGAUUUAAAAAAAAGAAUUAAAAAAAGAAAAAAUAUUAAUUUAAUUAUUGAUAAAAAUGUUAUUAACUAUAUUUGUAGUGAUGAAAAUAAUAUAUAUGAUAUGAAUUUUGGUGCUAGGUCUAUUAGAAGAGCUUUAUAUAAAUAUAUAGAAGAUCCAAUUGCUGCUUUCCUAAUUUCAAAUAUUCAUGAACCUAAUGAUUCUAUAUAUGUACAAUUAACUAAUGACAAAAAAAUUAAAGUACAAUUAAUAAAAGCACCAGUUCAACAAUUUUCAUCUUAA